AUCUUAUAUGAUAAGAUUCACUGUGAUAAAAUUGAAAAGUAGAAAAUGUUAACUAGCUUCAAACAUUUCGAUCACAAGUGUCCAAUAUGUGGACAAAGUUGUCCAAAUCGAUCUGCAAUGAAGGUCCAUAUAUUAUAUCACACUGGAGAGCGGCCCUUUAAAUGUUUGACAUGUGAGAAAGCAUUUUUCCGACUAAAGCAAGUAAAGAGUCAUUUGUUGAUACACUUAUGGAAGUCUCCUAUAAGUGGGGAAUCCAUUCAACUCCAAAGCCAUAUGAAGGAGCAUUCGCAAAUUCAUACGAGACCCUAUAAGUGCACUGAAUGUGGAAAAUCCUUUACAAAAAUAGGCAAUAUGAAGACACACACUUUGGUUCAUACAGGAGAGAGACCUUACGAGUGUGCUACAUGUGGAAAAUCCUUUACAACAAUAGGCAAUAUGAAGACACACACAUUGGUUCAUACAGGAGAGAGACCUUACGAGUGUGCUACAUGUGGAAAAUCCUUUACACGAAUAAACAGUAUGAAGAAACAUACAUUGGUUCAUACAGGAGAGAGACCUUACAAGUGUGCUACAUGUGAAAAAUCCUUUACAACAAUAGGCAGUAUGAAGAGACAUACAUUGGUUCAUACUGGGGAGAGACCUUACGAAUGUGCUAAUUGUGGAAAAACCUUUACAACAAUAGACAAUAUGAAGAAACAUACAUUGGUUCAUACAGGAGAGAGACCUUACAAGUGCGCUACAUGUGGAAAAUCCUUUACACGAAUAGGCAGUAUUAAGUCACAUACAUUGGUUCAUACAGGAGAGAGACCUUACGAGUGUGCUACAUGUGGAAAAUCCUUUACAACAAUAGGCAAUAUGAAGACACACACAUUGGUUCAUACAGGAGAGAGACCUUACGAGUGUGCUACAUGUGGAAAAUCCUUUACACGAAUAAACAGUAUGAAGAAACAUACAUUGGUUCAUACAGGAGAGAGACCUUACAAGUGUGCUACAUGUGAAAAAUCCUUUACAACAAUAGGCAGUAUGAAGAGACAUACAUUGGUUCAUACUGGGGAGAGACCUUACGAAUGUGCUAAUUGUGGAAAAACCUUUACAACAAUAGGCCAUAUGAAGACACAUACAUUGGUUCAUACAGGAGUGAAACCUUACAAGUGUGCUACAUGUGGAAAAUCCUUUACACGAAUAAACAGUAUGAAGACACAUGCAUUGGUUCAUACAGGGGAGCGCCCUCAUAAGUGCACUACAUGUGAAAAAUCAUUUACUUUCAAAAGUUCUCUGAAGAAACAUACAUUGAUUCACAGUAGAGAUACCUGAAAAGUGUAUCACAUGUAAAAAAUAUUUUGCAUUCAUAAGCUGUAUAAAAAAGGAGAUUAAAAAGGUUCAUAUCGAAAUACUAUAUGAACUAAACUAAACAUGAAUUUAUUAAAAGUGCAUGAGUGAAAAUGUGUUGAAAUUGGUUUUUAAGUACAAUAAAAUCAAAAAUGCAAAGAAUCAAAGAGAAAAUGUAACAGUUUAUUUAAACACAACUUCCAACUGCUUUAGCUUAGCUUUUUUAUGUGGCAUAAUAUUUUUGCAAACUGCUCUUUUUUUUAUUUAGUACUCAAAUAAUAUUUUUUGUAUUAAAUUGUGUGUUAUGUUGUUACAACCCAUGCACUUUUUCAUCUGGCACUUCCAACGAAAAGUUCCAACGAAAAAUCAAUAGGUUUUUAUGCAUAUCAUUAGUUAAUCAUUUUGGUACUUUGAAAAAAUUUAUUUUUUGUUCGUUACCGGAACGAUUUUGAAACUCAUCCUCCUUAUUACGAUGUGUAACGCUAAGCAGAACCAUGCCCCCACCCAUGAGCGUAACGUAAUAUGGGGACUUUUAACAAUUUUAAUGACUGUAAAUAAAUGUGAUUUAUUUA